GUUUAUGUCAGUUGCUUUCAAUAGGAGAUUUUGUGCUUGAGUGGCUACUUAAGGCUGUGAAGCUUUGUUGUUCUGAAAUUGGACAUUUACUGUUAUCAAGUCAUUGUAAUGGCUGGAUUGAUGUUUCAGUGAAUGCACAAGUUUUGUCACAAAUCUUCUCUUUCAGAAAAAAAGCAGUAGAGACCACCACAUAAGAAGAAAGAAAAUCUUUGUGAUAGUAAAUCUAAAACAGCCAUGCAGGUCUCAUCAAUCUGUGUAUUAUUGUACUUAUUGCUUUUAACAGCAGGCUGAUUGUUGAGAAUCUCAUGAAGUAUGGACUAUUGAUUAAGUUGGGCUUUUUAAAAUCUUUGACGGAUUGGCCGCUUCUAAUGUGCGGCCUCAGUCUCCCGCUUUUUCCAAUUGCUGCUUUUCUUGUUGAAAAGCUAGUCCAUAAGAAGUACAUAAGUGAUCCAGUUGCAGUAACUUUACAUAUAAUACUUACAUCUGCUAUCCUUUUAUUUCCGGUUCUUGUCAUACUAAGGUCUGAUUCUGCUAUUUUACCGGGUUUGGCAUUGAUGCUUCUUGCAUGCACCAUAUGGCUAAAGUUGGUUUCUUAUGCACAUGCAAACUAUGAUAUGAGAGCAAUCACAAAGUCUUGUCAUGAGGUUGAAUUUCCGUACAUGGAUUGCCUUUAUGAGGUUCGCUUCAAAAGCUUAAUAUACUUCAUUGUUGCUCCAACGUUAUGUUAUCAGCUGAUAUAUCCUCGCAAUGCAUGCAUUCGUAAGGGCUGGUUGGCAAACCAAUUUUGCAAGUUGAUUAUGUUUACAGGACUGUUGAUAUUUAUCAUAGAACAGUAUAUCAACCCAACUGUGCGGAACUCACAACACCCCUUGAAGGGAAACCUUUUAUAUGCCAUUGAAAGGGUCUUGAAGCUUUCAGUUCCUACCUUAUAUGUCUGGCUCUGCCUAUUCUAUUGCUUCUUUCAUCUUUGGCUAAAUAUACUUGCAGAACUCCUGCGGUUUGGUGAUCGUGAGUUUUACAAAGAUUGGUGGAAUGCUAGAACAAUUGAUGAGUACUGGAGGAAGUGGAAUCUGCCUGUUCAUAAGUGGAUUGUUCGCCAUAUAUAUUUUCCCUGCAUAAGGAAUGGCUUGCCAAAGAGCAUAGCGGUUUUGAUUUCCUUUCUUCUAUCUGCCGUUUUCCAUGAGCUCUGUAUAGCUGUUCCCUGUCAUAUCUUCAGGUGUUGGGCAUUUAUUGGAAUUAUGUUUCAGGUUCCCCUAGUCGUGCUGACUAAUUACUUGCGAGACAGAUUCGGAAGUUCAGUGGUGGGGAACAUAAUAUUUUGGUGCUUCUUCAGCAUUUAUGGGCAGCCCAUGUGCCUGCUGCUUUAUUACCAUGACCGCAUGACAGCUAGCAAAAAAUGAGUGUAUUAGUAGUAAAAUUUGUAGAGUGGGCGUUCUUCCUUUGUAUUUCGGCUCGCUUUUCAUCUGUAUGGGCGGGUCGGUCUGUAUUUGAGCUUGCUUUCAUCUAUAU